AUGUCCAGCACCACCAGCACCACCCUAGUCCUAACCCGCGACGUCUGCAUCAUAGGCGGCGGCGCAGCAGGCACCUACGCCGCCAUCCGUCUGCAGCAACUUGGCAAAUCCGUGGUCAUAAUUGACCACAAACCGCGCCUGGGCGGACAGACAACAACAUACACCAACCCAGCCAUCACCCCACUCCCAAUCGAAUACGGGGUGACCUACUACCAGAAUAUGUCUAUUGUGCGAGAUUUCUUCGGUCACUUCAACAUCCCGCUGACCUACUCGGCAUUUGAUUACAAGAUCGACAUGUUUGAUUUCGUCACGGGGACGGCCAUACCUGCUACUGCGGAGGCGGAAUCUAAUGCUGCGAUGGAUCGUUAUAUCGCGCAGCUGAGAGAGUACCCGUAUCUGAGGGUGGGAUUUGAGUUACCUGAUCCUGUGCCGGAGGACUUGGUAAUGCCUUUCGGAGAGUUCGUGGGCAAGUAUAAUUUGGAAGCUGGGGUCGGGGAUUUGGGAGGCUCGAUUGAUCCCUUGGGUAAUUGGCCAGAUCUGCCGGCGCUUUACGUGAUGAAGUAUGCGAAUCUAGAAGUAUUGGAGGGAGAUAGGAAUGGAUUUGUGAGGCCGAAGGGGCGAAAUAACAGUGAAUUGUAUGGGGAGGCGGAGAAGGAACUUGGUCAGGAGGGAUUGCUUCUGGGGAGUGAGGUUGUCAGCAUGGACCGAGAUGAAAGUGCGGACUGGGUGUAUGUGACAGUGAGUAAGGGAGAGGAGGAGACAACGGUUCAGGCGAAGAGCUUGGUGGUGGCGGUGCAGCCGAGCUUGGACAGUCUGAAAGGGUUCGACCUCGGGGUAAUGGAGAAGACUCUGUUUGGACAGUUCAACAAUCUGUUCUUCUAUACGGCAUUAGUGCAAAUCAAAGGACUGCCAGACCGGAUGUGUUACAUGAACCGCGGGGCUAAUAAUUCGUUCCUGAUUCCGCGACUGCCUAGCAUGCUGGUGCUCAAGCCUACGGAGGCGUCAGAGCUGAAGGUGGCAAAUUAUCUCAGCACGAAGGCGUUGUCGGAGGAAGAGGUGAAGCAGGGUAUGCUUCACGAUAUGGAAAGUAUUCGCCGGAGGACAGAAGUCGACUUCCCAGACCCAGAGUUCCUCGCCAUCGGGGACCACAGCCCAUACCAGCUGACGGUGCCGGCCGUGGCGAUCAAAAACGGCUUCUACCGUGAGCUCAAUGCCCUACAAGGGGAGCGUCGGACAUUCUACACUGCGGCCACAUGGGAAUCUCAUAGCACACCGCAGAUCUGGGAGUUCACCGAGCAGAUGUUGCAAAACCAUCUCCUAAAAACUUUGUGA